CUCUGAGUCAAGAACCGGGCGCCGCUCGCUUUCGUCUCUUCUCUGUGAGAUUCAAAUAUAUUCUUCAUUUUUGAACAUUUUUGAACAAAUAUCAGGUUGUUUUUUUAAACUAAAUGAGUCGCAGAGGAGACAGCGAUGAGGACAGCGGGGGUAAAAAGACAGUCACGUAUGUUUUUAGCUCUGAUUUCAUUCACACAUGCGACACUUUGUCCAAAGUACCAAACAGGGCGAGUAUGGUUCACUCACUGAUAGAAGCUUAUGGUCUGCUGGAACAUAUGAGUGUUGUGAAGCCUCGUGUGGCCACCAUCGAGGAGAUGGCCAGGUUCCACACAGACUCUUACCUGGAACAUCUUCAUAAAAUCAGCGAGGACGGCGACAACGAUGACCCUCAGUCAGUCGACUAUGGUUUAGGUGAGAAAUGGCAGGAUUAAUUUUCACUGGUGCCUCACAGCAAGGGGGUCAAAGGUUUGAAUACCGUCUCAUUAAAGUCCUGUGUGGAGUUUUCAUUUUUAUGUUCUCCGUGUGUGUGUGUG